AUGAUAAUGUUUGAUAUCGUCAAAUACACCUUAAUUGGGUUAUUUAGCUAUUUGCUAUAUGUAAUUCUCGAUAUAGUACUACCACCAUUCAAUUUUCCCAAAAAUAUCCCAACAAUCCCAUUCUAUGUUUCCUUCUUAGGUGCUUACACUAACUUGGAUCAGAGGGAUAUUUACAAUUUGUAUUUGAGAGAGAAGUUGGAAAAGUACGGGGCAGUAAAGAUAUAUUUUGCUUCAAGAUGGAACAUACUCAUUACUAGGCCAGAAUAUCUUCUUGAAAUGUUUAGAAAUGAAGAUGUGUACUCAAAACGGGGAAACCACCUAAAAAUCCCUGGUUCAGUGAUGGCUACAUACACUGGUGAUAAUAUCAUUAGUGCUCAUGGAGAAUUAUGGAAAUUAUAUCGAGAAGUUAUUGCCAAAAGUAUUCAAUUUCCCGAUUUUGAACCAAUUACGAAAAAUACUAAAUCAUUACUUGAAAUUAUUGAUGGUAUGAUUGACAGUGAUAAAAAUCAUGCAAUUAUUCCAAUCACAGAUUUAUUUCAAAAAUAUUCAUUAGCAAACGUUACAGAAUCUAUACUUGGAGUAAAUUUUAAGGUUCUUGAAGGCGAUCAAUCAAUCAUGCAUCAAAAAAUAAAGUACGUCAAGCUGCAAAUAUUCAAACCUUUUUUCUUGAACUUUCCUUAUUUUGAUAGCUUUCCUAUUCCAAGUAGGUUACAAGCAAGAAAGGAAGUUAUUAAUUUUAGGAAUUGGUAUGGUCAAAGUAUUAUUGACAAGCAUGAUCCACAACUUCCUAAUAGUGCAGCUACAAAAUUAGUUGAUGGCUUGAUGCAAGAAAAACUCACUGAAAAACAAUUUUUGGAUAAUGCCAUUAUUGUGAUGAUUGCUGGACAUGAAAAUCCACUUUUGUUAAUGUUAUCGUUGAUGUUUGUUGCUGCAAAAUAUCCAAAAGUUCAGGAGGCCAUACGUUCAGAAAUAGAUCCAACAAAACCUUAUCUACACUCUGUUAUUUAUGAAACUUUAAGAAUGUAUCCACCAUUGGGAUUAAUCAUUAAUCGUUAUACCACCAGACCUACUAAACUAGGCAACAUAGUAAUUCCCAAAGGUGUUUACUGUGGCUAUAAUAAUUUUGGUACGGGUAGAGACAGAAAUGUUUGGGGACCAGACUCGGAUGAGUUUAAACCAGAGAGAUGGGGAAGGGAUAAUAUUGAAGAAAUAAAUCGCAAUUAUGCUAAUGCCAAAAGAUCAGCUGAAUUACCUGCGUUUCAUGGCAGAAAGAGAGCUUGUUUAGGAGAAAAGUAUGCCUUAUAUGAAGUUAAAGAAUUGCUAACUAGUAUUUUAGGACAUUACAAAGUUACUUUAGAUGCAAGUUGGAAAGAGAAAAUAACCCCUGCUGGACCUAUUAGUCCAUUUGGUUUGAAGGUGAAAUUUGAAAAGCUUAUUGUUGCAUAA